AUGAGAUCUAGAAGAGUGCCAUUCACCGAAGAAGGUACAAUCUUCGACCAAUAUUCACUAGAGCUUGACGGUUAUUUUCAAGAAGCAAUAAAUCAUCGACUUGAUGAAUUCAAUAGAAUCGACAAUCCGAAACAAUUAAAUUGGCGUGUAAUAACAGAUGGCUACAAAUCAUGGCAAUUUUCUGGAAAUCAAAUGGAUCUAACGCAACAAUGUUUCAAAAAGCAGGAUACUAAAGAAGAUUAUUUCAAUAACGUUGAUAAUGCUCCGCCAGCAUAUAAUUGA